AUGCGCAACAAGAUCAUCUUUAACAAUAAAAGAGAUCACAUAGUCCAAGUUGUGCAUUCAGCGAUUAUGGAUGAAAAAGUUUGGAAGGAAGUAAUAAUGCAUAAUGUUACGGAGCAACACACUACUCAACAAACCUACCAAAACUCUACUAACAAUAUUCUCCAGCUUCAAACAAAUUAUUAUUGUGUUGUAGAUGCUUCAUGGAAGUCUCCAACGGAUAAAGUUGGUAUAGGGUGGUCCUUGUUCAGCAAAGAAGGCACUCAUAUACUCCAUGGUAGCUCUGCAAUCAACCCCACAAGUUCGCCUUACAGUGCAGAAGCAAUGGCUAUCUUAUCAGCUGCUCAGCAACUCUACUCCUUAAGAUUCAAUAAUGUUACAUUUCUUACAGACUGCAUGGAGCUGUCCAAAAGCUUAGCUAUGGAGUUAGACGAAGUGGGAAGAGGUCCUCGUCUUAUUAACCAAGCAUAUCCUAUUAUUCAGGACAUAAUUUAUAUAGCUAAGCAAAAUAUAUUCACAUUCAAGUAUGUUUCUAGAAACUAUACAAGUGUUGCUGACCAGUUAGCUAAAAAAGCCAGGAUAACAAAUCAACAAUAUGUAAUUUCCUGGCUAAUCUAG